GUACGAGAUUGUUUGAUGGACUCAACAGAAGUUCGAGGCCGAUCAGAUGGAGAGGGUUGCCUGGUAUGCAGCGGAGCGCGGACUCGAUGUGCCCGGCACGGGUGGUGCAAGGGGAGGAGAGGCGGGGCGGCGUCCGGCGGAGGGAGGGGUCGGGGGAGAUGGUGGGCAUGGUGCGGCAGACCCCACUUUGGGUGGUGGAGGCGGUGAGACGGAGGAGGGCGUGAUCCACGUAGAUCGCGAGGCGUGUGGCCCGGGUGAGGAGGGAGUCCUGGAACGGGAGGACGUGCCAGAGUUUUAUCCGGGCACUGGGGAGAGUUCCCCGCGCGCGGUGCUCCCUAACCACCGCGAGAUUGCGAGUAUGCGGGCGGUGGAGACCCACCGUGCGGAGUUGGUGGAGGAGUUGGAGGAGGUGAGGCAGCCAUUCUGGGUGACUGGUGCCACCCUCCUCUCCGAUGGGAGGAAAUCACGAGACGGGAGACCGAUCAUGAAUUUCCUUGCUGCUGGCUCUCGAGGGGUCGUCGUGUAUACGACGAUCAAUCGAGAGGGCGAGGCGGACGAUGCAGUGCACGUCCUUCGGAGAUGGGUUACCAUCUUCCACGAGUUCAGCCUCGGCGGGCCGCAGCGGAUCAAUGCGAUAUGCAGUCGGGUCGGGCGCGCCAGAGUUGCAGCAUUGCGCUCUUCGGGUGAUACACAUGUGGUCUUGCGCCUCUCUCCAGCGGAGAGGAACUGGGCAGUCCACGAGGGCAUUCACACGAAGAAGCGCAACCAGUUGGCCUUCGAGAAGGUCGUGCAACUCGUUGAGAUCACCGCAAAUGUGCGGUUGACUGAGUAUCAGCGGGCCGGAUGCGGUUAUGUGCUGCCAUGGCAGCGGGACGAGGGCAUGCGGGAUUGCCAGGCAGGACUCGAGUUGGAGCCUGUGCGCUCGAGGACUCGCAGGGGGAUGACGGAGGAGGAGAUUGCCCGUCAGGUUGCACUUAUUACCCGGGAUCCCAUCGGGGCGUCCGCACCACCCUCGGCUGAUGCCGUUUUCGAUAGACGUAAUUGCAUUUUUCAUCCCAACCCUAGGGAGGACGACUCAGACGAGGAGCCGAUACCCGAGGCGGCAGAUGACCCUGCGCUCCGCAUUCCCCGGGAGAUCGACGAGACGCACGAGGAUCCCGACUCCGAGGAGACGAGGGCACACACUGCACGACGGGCGGCAGACCGGGUGGAGAGGGAGAUGCUGGGGGGAGACGAGGACUUAUGGGGCCCAUUCGGUGAGGUCGCUUCCACUGGCGGCCCAGAGGCGCAGGCGACUACCCCCACUCCGACGAGGCGGGAUUCGUCCAUGCCGCCACCUCCUGCUCCGAGUCCUGCACCACCAUUGCCCGUCUCGCCACUUCAGCCGGACAGGGAGGAGUUAGGGUCCUCUUUGCCUCAGCACGGCCUUCUCCACAGAGGCGUGGCAGAGGAGGGGGCACCUUCGGGAGCAACAGUGGAGAGUUUAGUGGCACCAGCGGCGGUGCCGGACGGGACGAUCGCAGCCGCGGUGGAGGAGAUAGCAGCAGCAUCAGUGCUGGAGGAGGAUCCACCGGCGGCAGGAGGAGGUGCAGCAGUGGAGGGGCAGGUGGCAGCAGCAGCAGGAGCAGGAGCAGCAGCAGUGGAGGUUGAGGUGGCAGCAGCAGUGGAGCAGGAGGAGGCACCGUCGGCAGCUGCAGUGGAGGAGGAGAUAGCCGCACAAGCAGAGGUGCAGCGUGGGGGCGAUGACGAGCGCCUUAUGCAGCAGUUCCUCACGGAGGAGCUCGGUCCGGGCAUAGCGCGUGUGAUCCCGGGUGUGGCGAGGGGGUUUGGGAUUUCAGAUUCGGAGAUGGGGAUCCACUUAGACUUAGAUUUGUCGAUGGGCCUUCCACCUAGUUGCGGCGGGGCGACAUCGACGGACCGGGUUCCAUUGAGGGACGAGGCGCCUGGACAGACUUCGAUGCAGACCGCGAGAGAGAGGACGAGGACUGAGUCUCCAGAUGCAGCAUGCGACAUCAUGGAGCGAGAGAGGGCUAGACUUUUAGCAUCGACUGACCCACGUGCUCAAGCGUUCGCACGGGCCGUAAAGGAGGCCAGGCGUCGAGAGAUAGGAGGGGAUUAUGUGCAGGGUGGGGUGGUGGCGGGGAAGGACGUUGCGAAGGGAGUGGCAGCAAAGCCGGUACCCGAGGCUAUGCCGGGUGGAGCAGAGGCAGCGGACGUUGCUGUGGAGGGACGGCCUCAGGCGGUGGAUGAGGCUGUGCAGGCACGACAGCGGCGAGUCGAGGGGGCUAUAGACUCACGACGCGAGGUCCAGGAGACAGCGACGGGUACAGUCGUUCCCCACUUUGCUCCGCAGGAGGUCCGUCGUCCGUUGGAUGCAGAGGAGUUGGCGAGAGAGGUUGUGCGCGAUGUUACUCGCUUGGACCGGCGCAUCUUCGACCGGAGGCUCGAGCAUCCACCAUGGCAGUCGAUCCCUUCGGUUACAUGGGGUCCUGCGUCGCCCGUGUGGUCUGGGUCUACCUCCACCGGAGGACAUACCACGGGACAUGUUCUAGGGGUUUCGGGUGGCGUGACGGAGACAGCGCCACGCACAGGAGACAUGCCACCCCCUCCUCCCAGAGCACCUGCAGGUGAUCCAUCAUCGUCGCCCAUAGGCAGAGGCUCUCGAUCCCCACACACGCCUGGGAGAUCUAGGAUUCGUGACACGACAGCAGUUCAGCAGGACGUGUGUGACACGACGAUAUUCGGGAGGACAGAUAUAGAUUUGGAUUCCACCCAUUGUGUCACGGAGCACACUGCAUGCCUUCAGCCGAGCUUGGGAGGAGGAGGCGCUAGGACGACUGCGGCGAGGGAGGUACCGGCUUCAGGUUGUGAGCCUCAGCGAGGUCGUGGCAGAGGAGUGUCCACCGAGACCUUGGAGUACGCUUUGAGAGCAGCGACGCAUGCCGUGCAGGAGCAGACUUCACGCAAGCGUGGAGUGCCCCCUCGUCCACGCCCCGUGCCUGGAGAGGGAGGCGCAACACUUGGAGAGAGUUCGGGGGCGGAGGGGUUGGGGAUGCCUGGAUCUCGCCGUGAGCAGACCAUUGCAGAGGCUAGUGCGAGGGUUGUUGUGUUGAGGAAGGGAGGAGGCCCAGUCACCAUUGAGGAGGAUGAUCCUGAUACGGAUGCGGCUGUGCGGGAUGCGGACGAGGACUACGAGGGCGAGGAGGGGGAAGUGGAGGAGAGCAGAAGCGGUUCCGAUGGUGACAACGACGACGACUACGAUGAGCCCCCACCUUCCCGAGGACCCCCACCGACGCGUGCAUCUAGACGCUCCGCUGCACGGACUUCUUCAUCCUCACGAGGGAGGAAGAGGUAGACAUCCGGCACUCAAGGGGGCACGAGGAGAUAGCGGGAACGGGAAGAAGGGUCGUUGACCGAUGAGGCCAACACUCCGCUUCUCCCCUACUCG